AUGUCUAAUACUCUUCUUUUAUUCACAUUUUGCUGGUUAUUCAUAGGAUCCAUAUCAGUUGAUUCCAACUCAAAUCAAAAGUAUAUUGAUGGUAGUCAAUAUACAAUACAAAGUGUUGGUGCAAUAUAUAUACAACGUAUUUCUGAUCAAGGUUUAUGUUCGAUACAACUAAAUGAUCAAUCUAACACAUUAGGUGAAGGUGAAAUAAUAAAGAUAAAAAGCAAAUGGUUUAAAGUCGAAGAAUGUCGAUUAAAUCAAGCGUAUCCUGCCAUGUGUGGAUCAAAAUUAUUUUACCGACUACGUGAUUUAGCUUGUUCACUUGCUGACCAUGCACACAAUAAUAAUAUACACGAAAAACGGCAAACAAAAGAGGAACCAACGGAAUCAUUAGAUCAAUCAUACUAUAAUUUUUGUUGUGAAAGUGCAUGUACAGUAUCGGAAUUUCUUCAAUCUUGCCCUACCGAACGGUAA